UAACAGGAUAAAGAAAAUAUUGAUCACUUUCACAUGAAGGGAAACAUUUCGCGGGUUUUUACCGGAAAUGUGUUCAUAGAAUUAAAAUAGACUAAACGGAUUUCCUUAGUUUUCGCAAAUGGUUGUUUUUAACUUAAUAUUUCCGGCAAUCACUUCAUAUUUGAAUGCGAAAUAGCAUCUACUUACCAAAUUGUUUCAUAUUCUCACUGCCUAUACGAAGUCCAAUGGGCGUCGUCAGCCCUAGCGAUGCAGGCUCCGGCAGGGCGGACCACAGCACCGGGGCUUCCACAGACGAACAUUGUAUAGAUGGAAAUGGAACAAAUGAGCAUGAAAUGGAAACAAUGCCAAUUGCUGGUGAAGGGAAACCGAAUAUACCAAUAACUAAGCUGCGAAAACCAUUGGAUAACAAUGUUUAUUCGACGAAAAAAACUGUUGCCCAAGGAAUGAUGGACAUUGCUUUACUCACUGCGAACGCUUCCCAACUUAAACUACUUUUAAAAUAUAAUCAAGAUAAAAGUCCCAUAUUUUUCAUUCAUGUCUCUUGUAUCUGCAUCUCCAUAGCUCUACAGAUCGUCGUCGGCGUGAUGUUAAUUGUAAAUUCUCGCUAUGACAUCAACAGACUUUCUCAUCAUUCAAGAGCUGAUCUUAUAAACAAUUUAACUGUUAUUGGUGUCUUUCUUAUAGCAGUAGUGAAUGUGAUUGCAUCUUCUUUUAGUGAUUCUUCUUGAUUAUAGUUUUUUUAACACUAAUUUUAAUAAGCAAUAUGUAAUUAAUAUACACUUAACAUGUUUAUUUGAAUUCUCAAAGAAUUUUUGUGAUAAUUAUUUACAAUAAAUUAUUUGUUGUCCAUGUCAGAAACUGAUGCUUAUUA